AUGGAUAUUUAUAAAGAUCAUAUUGAUCUAAUAACUGUUUAUAUUGAAGAAGCUCAUGCAUCUGAUGAAUGGCCAAUUGGUAGUCGAAUAAGUUAUGUUCAACCAAAAUGUGAUGUUGAUCGAAUUCGAAUAGCUAAAGAUUUU